AUGAAAAGCUGAAGAGUGUGUCGCUUCUGAGAAGGAGCUUUAAGAGCCAGGACUUGAUUGAUCGCAGACAGUCCCUCCUCCCUGCCACAGUGGUCAUGGAAGUCCGUGUUGGGAGGUGCUCCUUGGCCUCUCAAUAAACAGAGACUCUGCCCCUCCUCACACUGGACACACAGAGGGAACAGAGACAUCAACUCGCGCCGAGCCGAGAUCCAGGGGCUGUUUGUUACUGCACCGUUCUCUCCACUCUCCUGCCUGCUACAGGCUGGAGGGCAACGCACUGGAACUUCAUGGUUUCGACUACAUGUUCAUGAACAUUGUCUGAGUCCACCUGAACCUCCAUAAUAAAACACCUUGGACCAGUUUUGAGGUAGGCUAAGGUGCCCAGGCUGGCCUUUAGCUUGUGAUCCUCCUCCUUCAACCUCCAGAGCAGCGGGGAUUGCAGAUGUGCGCCACCACAGCCGGCUUCCCGCUUCACCUGUGAGGGUACCGAUCCCUUCUUGAGGGGGAGCGGGUGUGACCUAAUCUCCUCCUGAAGGCUCAGUGGACACCGUCUUCUUGGUGAGCAGGUUUAACACCUGAAGCCGAGGACAGAGACGUUCGAUCGCAGCGACCGUGAUCCACACAGGGGUGAGGUCACGCCGUUUUUGUCUCUGGGACCGGCUCAUUUCGUCUAAUGUGACGUCCCCCAGUCCCCUUCUCGUCUCAGAUGACAGCCUUUCCUCCUUGCCCUGGCUGACCCGUGUCCCACUGUAUACGCGGACCGCGUUCUUGUCCACUCUUGGUCCAUGGGCACUUCAGCAGCAUCUGUUCCCUGCUGUUGUGAGAAGUGUCCUGUCGGACACAGAGAGCUGACGGCCAGCACCAUGCCAGGGAGACCGCGUGGCGUCCCUGUACAGUCACAGUGGCCUGUGGACUUGAGGGCGUGUGGGCCCCUCCCAGACCUAAACCCGACGUGCCUGCUGGAUCCUGGGUUGGAACCCGCAAGCCGGACAGCCAAAGUCACCCUUUCCUGUCCCACGGCGCUGUCUCGGGGUCUGCUGGGGCAGGGAGAGCUGACCGCCCCACGAGCCCGCUGCCGCCCCGGCCCUGUGCCGCCUCCAGGCCCCGACGCCCUCCGCUCAGCUCCCGCCGCCUCCCCAGCUGCAGGGCGCAGGUUCAGCUGGUGCCUCUGCAAAGCGCCCCCGCCCCGCCUGAGCCUGUCCUGGGAGUCCCUGAGCCGAGCGUGCGCCAGGGUGGGGACUCCUCCUCCCCUGGGGCAGGGGGUGCGGGGGCUGCUGCCUCGGGGCUCAGGGUCGCCUGCACCUGCUUCCUUGCUGCAGAGGGCACGAGACCCAGUGGCCCCUCGGAAGCCCCGGGAUUACCGUCAUCAUACACAGCAGCCUUGUGGCCUCUGUGCCAUCCCGUCGCCUCUCCCCAGGGCAGCCCUUCUGGGGCUCCACGGCCAGCAGGAGGUCUGCCACCACAGCCUGGCGCUCCAGACCCUUCACGGUGGCCCCUGUGGCUUCUCUUGCUCCCACAAUGGCAAUGCUCAGUUCCUCUGUGACCGAAAGCUCCGUCCUUGUCCCCCAUGCCAAUUCCAUAAUGAGGACACGGGUUUGAGAAAAAGGAAAAAGAAGUUUUAUUGCUUGGCUAGCAAAGGAGAAGACCAGGGACUCCUGUCCUGGAGGCUGUGAUUCUGCGCAUCAGGAGGAGCAGGGGCUCUUAAAGGCGCUCUUCAAAGGCUACAUUCCAGGCGUGUCUCAGUCGGAGUCCUGAACAUUCGCUUGUUAAUUUGGGAGAGAUUCACUUCCUAGAUCCUCAGCAGGCCUCUCCUUCCUGUGGAGCACAGAGCGCUCAGGGUCAUCUUGUUCCCUGAACCCAGGUUAGGGAGGGGAGAGGGAGAGGAGGAAAAGGAAAACUUGUCCCUUUAAAAAAUAAGUCCCAGAGCUAUAUUGAAAAGGUGAAGUGGACCCUGUUACACCUCCAUGUUCCCCAACAAGCCUCACAAUCUCAAGAUAGUGGUAGGCAAGGGCUCCUUCUACCUAGGAUGUUCUUACUCUCCUAAUCCAGUCAGCAAACUCCUAUUCAACCUUUGAAACCCAAUUUAAGAACAGUGCUCGGUAAAGAAAAAAAAAAAAAAGCAGUGAAGGGCCAGAUAGAAAUGUUUCCGGUUCCUUAGUCUAUAUAAUUUCUGUCAGUGGCACUCGAGUCUGACGUUGCAGGAAGUGCAGAUGUACAAGUUUCUCCAGAGAAGAGUAAAUGCCUCCAGGCGAUGACUUCUACCCGUGGCACAUGCUAUGGUCACACCAGCUCGGCUGUCAUGGUUCCCUUGGUGUGAUGACUAAAUGAAAUGCUGGCCAGACCAUUGUCUCUCAUCUACAUUUCUGCAACAGCCUCCUCACUGGUCUCCUGGUCUCUGCCUUGUCCUUACAGUCCAUUCUCAUGGAACAGACCUCAUCUGUUAAAAUACAAGUCUGAUUCAAUCACUCCUUUGCUAUAAAACAUUCCAUGGCUCCC